CCCCCCCCCCGGCACCCUCAUGCAACGUUCCCCCACUGUCAACGGCGGCACCCAAGAUACGACACACACACACAUGAUCCUCCAGGAAACCUCAAAACGUCAAACGUUCACCAACCACCAAGAGGUAGCCGGAUCGACGGCAGUGACCUUCAAAUUUGGUGCCGAAGCGAAGCAUUCUGUACCAUACGACUAUCCCCCUGACACCCACAUUCGUGCGAAGGAGGAGUCGAAGAUCAUUUAUCAUGUGCACCGACGGUGCUUAUUGGAUCGAUCGAAAAAUGCCUUCAACUCUCUUCUCACGACCGGUGGUGGUGGUGUUGCACAGGAAAACAAGUCUAGUCCUAUGGGAGACGCCCGAGUACAGACGACCAUCACCCUUGACGAAAAACCGGAAGUGAUCGUUGCUUUGUUGCAUCUUAAAUAUGAACUAUCUGUCCGAUACCUGGAUUUAUCGAUCGACACGAUAUCGAACGUGUUCACAGCCUUGACGAAGUACGGAUAUACGUUGGACGAAGUUGUGACGCCUUCCUCCGAACUUUUCACAGACUUGGUCCUUCAAGCCAAACGAGAACCCCUCCAAGUCUACAGUUUCGCCGCUUUCCAUUCGUUCGAAGGACUCGCAGUUCCAGUUUCGGAGAAAGCCGUAGAGAUAUUCAUCCCUCAGUUGGACGAGGAAUCCGCUGUGAGGAUCGGAGCGACGUAUCUGCACCGUCUAUUGCUGCUUCAGGAAACGCGACGGGCAGCGUUGAAGCGGUUGAUGUUCGUUCCUCUCAUCAUCCCAAAUCAUGCGGACACGGCUACUUGCGCACCCCACGAUCGUCAUGAUCUACAGCAGAGGUUCGUUAUAACGAUUGGGAAUCGGGUUUGGGAGGCGGCGGCGACCAUUGCGGGGCCGGAUUGGAUUACGGAUGUUUUUGAGAGGCUCGCUAGAGAUGUGAGGUGUGGAGCUUGUAGGCGGAAUUUAAGGGAGAGGAAGGAAGCAGUAUUGAGGGAAUGGAACGAUGUGAAAUCGACAAUUUAGAAUAGGCCGCACUUAACCGGGUAUAUGAGGAGAAUAUUUGGUCGCAAAGACCGCACCAGCGCUGGAGGAACCAUCUUGCCCCCCCCCCCGCUCAUAGCAUUUGCAACUGAGAAGCUCCAGAGAUGUAUGAUAACCGAAAUAGCUUUCCCUGCUAUGAACUA